GCAAGCGCCUCGGACAUGUUGAUGCCCCUACAAUAACCCAAUAACCCGAUUGUAAGGAUGUCACUGGAUUCAAAGAGAAAGUCAAUUCAAAUACAGUGUUCUCUUAUACAGCAUGAGUGUACAAGACUCUCUGAAAACAUCUCAGAAUGUGUGAAGAAUGUUCUGUCAAUAUCAAAGACAGCUGGAAGAGCUGAGCUGCAGCAGCUGAGUCAGCUCAACACUGAGCUCUCCGGCCAUGUGGCAGGCGCCGCUGACCAGGUGGAUCUGCUGCAGCAGCGGCUGGAGCAGCUGAUGGAGCAGAUGUCGGAGGCGCUGCCGCAGCCAGCCGGCGACACGGGCUCAGUGGCCUCGGCGGCCGGCCGCCGCGAGUCCUCAGUCAGCACCUGCUCAUCUCCGCGCCCCUCGCUGUCCCAGGGACGCCGCGCCGACCGCAACGUGGCUCUCCGACACCUCCGGAGGGAACCGGAGCUGGAGACGCGCCCGGAUCCGGAGCUGAACCCAGAGCCGGACCCAGGGCCGGGCCCAGAGCCGGAACCACGGGCCGGCCCGGAGCCCUGCCUGGAGUCGGACCCAGAGACGGAUUCAGAGACGGACUCGGAGCCGGAGCCGGAGCCGGAGCGGAGGUCGGGACGGGAGCGGCUCGACUACAGCCGUGGCUCCAGUCCUCCGCCAGAGAGCAGCGCCAGCAGCCGGGCGCUGUCUAACGCCGACGUGUCGCACGGCCUGCCCAGUCGCGAGAUCAACCUGAAAGUCAUGCACGACGUCUCGCUGGCUCACCACGACCUGCUGGAGGACUGCGACCUGCUCUACCUGAACCUGCGCGAGGACCAGCCCAGUCUGGAGACGCUCUGCUCCGACCUGGAGGCGCUGUCGAGCGCGCCGCGCUGCAUCCUGGCGGCGCCGCCGCGCGCCGGCGACCUGGUGUUUGCGCGCUGGAACGGCGUCUGGUACCGGGGCCGGGUGUCGGCCGCGCCGGCCGCGGGCACCGUGCAGGUGCAGUUUGUCGACUACGGUAACUACGACACGGUGCCGCUCUCUGAGUGCCGCCGGCUGCCCGAGCGGCUGACGCGGAUGCCGGUGUGCGCGGUGGCCUGUGUGCCGGCGGGCGCGGCGGCGGCGCCGGACGGGCCGCGCCGCCAGCUGCAGGCGCUGCUGAUCGAGGCGCUGCUGGCGCCGGACGCGCCGGUGCGCGCGCUGUUCCAGCGGCCGGCCGGCGGCGGGCCGCUGCGCGCCCAGCUGGCCGUCACCGUCACCGUGGGUGCCGAGCCGCGGCUGGUCGACGUCGGACGCACGCUCAGCAAUGUGAUGACCGUCAGCCCCGAGGACGCCCAGCAGCAGGUGGAGACGAAGCACCUGGCUCUGGAGCGUCUGAUGGUACCGUUUGUCUCUCCGCGGGGCCGCUCCGGCGCCGGCGAGAGCCGCGUGCUCGACUGGCUGUCUACCGGGGACGGCAACGAGGCCGGCGCGCGGAACGGAACGGAAAGGGAGGCUGAGCCGCCCCCUCAGCGGACCACCAACGGCCGGGUGGCGGCCGACCGGCCGGCCGAUCAACUCACAGACGCGGGCGGCGGCGAGCCGACGGCGGCGGCGCGGCGCACACUGAGCCCGGUCAAAGCGUCCCCCCAGACGUUCGUCGACCCGCCCAAGUACCGCGGUCUGGGCGUGUCCUGGCACAGCCGACCCAUCUACCGGGCGCCGCGCGAGCUGUGCGCGCGCAACCCGCACCGGGACGUCAUCAUAGUGCGGGCGCAGAGCCCCGACAACUUCUAUAUAUCGUUCGAGAGCCAGGACAAAUUCGAUGAGUUCCAGCAGCAGAUGCAGACGGCCUACGCCCGGCUGCCGGUCCACCCGCGUCAGGGCCUCCACCCGGACCUGCUCUGCGCCGGCUCCUUCUGGGCGGCACGGUUCUCGGACGACGAGUGGUGCCGUGCCGUCAUCGUGGGCCAGCUACCGCCAGAGGGCGGUGACGGUCUGCCCCGGUACCGGGUGCACGCCGUCGACUUUGGCGACGAGGAUGAGGUGUCUCCCGACCAGCUGCGCCCGAUGCUCGAACAGUUUGCCUCGCAGCCCGUCUUCCUCGUCCGCGCCAAGUGUUCCGGGGUGGCUCCGCUGGCGGACGAGUCCGACUACUCGGCCGAGGCCCGGGAGCGGUUCGUGGACCUGGUGGACGUCAUCAACAUCAACGCUCAUACAGUCAGCUCCGAGACCACUGAGGAGUGUCUGGCCGUGGUGCUGUACAGGCUGGAGGACUGUGACGUGGUUCCCGUCACGCGGACUAUGGCAGAGGAGGGCCUCGUCGAGCACUGGGAGGUGCAGGAGGACGUCGGGGCCGCCGCCACCAGGCCGGCGCCGCUGGAGGUCCUCCCCUCUGCCGGUGACGCCGCCGCGGAGCCCUUCACCGUCCCGCCGCUGCCCCCGCUGGCCUCCUCUGAUGACGAGUGGCGUCCGCGCGCGCCCGGCGAGCCGCUGCGCCUGCCGCCGGCCGGCGCCGUGGUCUAUGUGAAGGUGACGGCCGUCAUCUCGCCGGAGCUGUUCUAUGUGGUGAUGCCGUUCGGAGUCCGCGCCGCCCAGCGCGUCAACGAGGAUUUUAUGGGCGAGGUGCGCCGCCUGGCCGAGGCAGAGAGCGUCGAGAUGCUGGCGGCGGCGAUGCGGCGCUUCUACGGCUCGCGGCCGGCCGAGGGGUCGCAGCCGACGCCGCCGGUGGGCGCGCCCGUGGCCGUCCGCUGGCAGGGCGGCUGGCACCGGGGCACCGUGCUGGUCGCCGACGAGGACCACGCCGAGGUGUUUCUGACCGACUGGGGCCACUCGGAGCCGGUGCCCCGCGAGGACCUGCGGGAGCUGGUGCGCCGGUUCCAGCAGCUGCCCGCCCAGGCGGUGGCCUGCUCGCUAGGAUCGGCCAGCACGCCGCCGCCGCGCCGCUGGCCGCCGGCCGCCGUCGAGCGGCUGGUGGCGCUGGCGCAGCACGGCCUGCUGCUGGCGCACGUGCUGGCUGCGCCGCUGGCCGGCGGCGCCUCCUCGGCUCAGUCGCGGCUGCUGGUCGACCUGUACCACGCCACCGGACUGGACGACGGCGUGUGGGCGAGUCGGUUCGUGUGCGGCCAGUGAGGGAGCGGCGCCCGGUCCGGUCAGUCGCCGCUCAGACGCACGGCUGUGUCCGCCCCGCCGGGCCGCUGUUUCUGCGUGCUGACGUUUGACUCAUGUGAUAGCGCCGAGGGGUGGAGGCGUGUUGUGAUACCGGCCCGUCCGAUGGGGCGGGAUGUCGGGGCGGGACGGCCGCUGUCUGUCCCACAAAGCUGUCUGUUUGCCACUACAUUUGUUCCCGGGGACUGCGUCCACAGAUAGGACGCUCCUCUCUUCAGCGGAGGUAAGGUGACGAGGCAGGGUAGUCUGGACAAAACCCGGCAGAUAUUGAACCUCGAGAGAUCGCGUUGGUAAGUUGUUGACAGGCGGACGGGGGCGCCGGGAGUAGACGUUCGGAUGUUUUGGUUGAUACGGAGAAGGUUGACUAAGCAGGCGAGGGCACUAGUUCGUACGUUGUGGCUUGCCAAUCAGUCAAAUUUAAUCAGGGAUUUCUCACGUUGAUUGGGGUGUGUGUAACUAGCCUAGCUGGUUGUGUCAAGUUCUGUAGUAAAUAAGUCACUGCAAUUUUCCUACCGCUAAAAGCUGUAUUCCCUUGCCACAUUUCUUCGAAAUUUCUAUCUGCUAUCCAAAAUAUUCAGUUUAUCACUUCUUAGUCGUCUCUGGCAGAAAGUUUGCUGUAAUUGUAUAAAUUUGCCAGUCACGAUAUUCUCGAAUCCGCGUUUACUUUCUGGGUCAUAUCAAACCACAAUAAGUACUCCUAAAACUUGCGAACACCGCCUUUUCCCUAGUCCAUUCACGCUCCGAAACCAAAACAUGGUUCAUCGUAAUGUGGUGACGCCAACUCGAAUUGGAGUAAUGCCCGGGCGUUUGACGUAGGACAGUCGCCAGUUCGGUGCUGUCACCUAGAGCUGCAGACCGGACCGAGUUUCCCCGGGUCUGGGCAGUGGUACCUCCAUUGUCCGCCCCGCAGUGACAUCAUUCAACCGUUCAUAGUGUGUGAUGUUUGUAUUGUUAUGCCUAUGUGCUAUGUUGUGUAGGACGGGGCAACAGUUACCAAGCAUGGACUUUGCUGUUCCUGCCAAAGCAAAGAACGUUAGAAAAUUGCCAAGCAAAACAGUCUGUUGUAGGUGUGAGAGGUAUUUUUCACCAGUGUUGUUCAAAGUGUAAAAUUUUUGUCAUUUUAUACAGAAAUACAACUUUAUUUUUCAUUUAA